AUGAAAUUUGCAACUACAGCCGCUGCUUUGUUAGCCGUACUUGGUGCUGCUGAGGCAUUAGCCAUCAACCCACAAGAGCCAUUCAACUUGGUUGACAUUGAUAGAGAAAGUAAGCUAUUUUCCAAAGCUUCGAAGUACUUUAAUGAGCCCUUGGAGUCAUUGACGGAUGAAACAAAGAAGUUGUGGUCGGAUUUUGUUUUCCAGUCGGAUGCUUUCAAAGGUUUGAGAAUGGCAGGAGGUAAAGCUAAGGUUAAUAAACAAGAUUUUGACUUCCAAGUCAAGGAUCAAAAGGUGCCUAACCAUCAGUUGAGGGUCAAAUCCAUCCCUGAAGACUUGGGGAUCGAUACUGUCAAGCAGUACUCGGGAUAUUUAGAUGUUGAAGAUGAAGAUAAGCAUUUCUUCUUCUGGGCGUUUGAGAGUAGAAACGACCCAAAGAAGGACCCAGUGAUUUUGUGGAUGAACGGUGGACCGGGGUGUUCGUCAAGUAUGGGUCUCUUCUUUGAAUUGGGUCCAUCCUCAAUCAACAAGGGUAUUCAAGCAGUCCACAACCCAUUCUCCUGGAACAAUAACGCCACAGUCAUUUUCUUGGACCAGCCUGUCAAUGUUGGAUACUCCUACUCGUCAUCCUCGGUCUCAAACACUGUUGCUGCUGGUAAGGAUGUUUACGCUUUCUUGGAGUUGUUUUUCAAGCAAUUUCCACAGCUUGCCGAGUUGGAUUUCCACAUUGCAGGUGAGUCUUAUGCUGGCCGCUACAUUCCUGUUUUUGCUAGUGAGAUUUUGAGCCACCUGGAACGUUCCUUCAACUUGACGUCAGUUUUGAUUGGUAACGGAUUGACAGACCCAUUGACGCAAUACGAAUACUACGAGCCAAUGGCCUGUGGUGAAGGUGAUGAACCAAGUGUCGUUGAUCCACAGCAGUGCCAAAUAAUGGAUGCCACAAAGCCACUGUGCUUGUCGUUAAUCAAACAGUGCUACGAGACAGAGUCGGUUUGGAGCUGUUUCCCUGCCACCAUUUAUUGCAACGAGGUACAGAUGGGCCCUUACCAAAGAGCUGGAAAUAACAUAUACGACGUUAGACUCAAGUGCGACGGUUCGCUGUUGUGUUAUGAAAACUUUGAGUAUAUUGAAAAGUACUUGAACAAGCCUGAGGUUAUUGAAGCCGUUGGAGCAGAAGUUUCAGGUCACGAAUCCUGUGAUUCUGAUACUCACACAAACUUUGUAUUCUCUGGAGAUUGGAUGAAGCCAUACUACAAGAAGGUGAUUGACGUUUUAGAAAAGGGAGUGCCAGUGUUGAUUUAUGCCGGUGAUAAGGAUUUCAUCUGCAACUGGUUGGGAGACCAGGCAUGGACUGACAGGUUACAAUGGAGUGGUUCAAAAGGCUUUGCCAAGGCGCCAAUUAGAAAGUGGGAAGUCGAUGGCGAGCAUGCUGGAAACGUUAAGAAUUACGACAAAUUCACAUUCUUGAGAAUCUUUGGCGCCGGCCACAUGGCGCCACAUGACAAGCCAGAGAACUCACUCGACAUGGUCAACAGAUGGAUCAAUGGUGAUUACAAGUUGUAA